AUGGACGAACGUCAAGAAAAUAUGAAACGCGGCCGAUUAGAGGAAGAUGUGAAUGUUGAGAGUGAUAUCGCACCUAGCAAUACGGAAGAUAAUGUAGAGGAGUAUGUUACAGAGAUAAACCGUGACUCAAAAACAGAGCAAGAAUAUGAAAAUAGCAUAGAAGAGACGGAAGAAAGGAGCACAGAGGAGAGAGUAAAUGCAGACAUGGAAGAAAAUAUGGAGAAUAGUUUUUCAAGCGAUGACAAUGUUCCUCUGAGUAUGUUCUCAAACUACUACUCAUUGGUACAAAACACCACCAACGUCAUCAAGAACUAA